AUGAUUUCGUAUUUCGUGAGUUCGUUUUUCGUUCACGUACGCGGUUUUGGCUUUUUCCAAUUACCGCCCACUCGUCUGCCACCUCGGCACUGUUUGUGCUGUUGCAUUGCGUCUGAGUCAGUCACUAAAUCGGUAUCUAUCUAUCUAUCUAUCUAUCUAUCUAUCUAUCUAUCUAUCUAUCUAUCUAUCUAUCUCAGCCUGUUCAUAUCUAUCUAUCUAUCUAUCUAUCUAUCUAUCUAUCUAUCUAUCUAUCUAUCUAUCUCAGCCUGUUCAUAUCUAUCUCUUUUCAUAUCUAUUUAUCUAUCUCUAUUCAUAUCUAUCUAUCUAUCUAUCUAUCUAUCUAUCUAUCUAUCUAUCUAUCUAUCUAUCUAUCUAUCUCAGCCUGUUCAUAUCUAUCUAUCUAUAUAUCUAUCUAUCUCAGCCUGUUCAUACCUAUCUAUUUAUCUAUCUAUAUAUCUAACAGCCUGUUCAUGUCUAUCUCUAUUCAUUAUCUAUCUAUCUAUCUAUCUAUCUAUCUAUCUAUCUCGUAACACUGGUCGGGACAUUGUCUAUCGUAAUUUCUUUUCUCCCACAACCGUAUUCCUAUCCUUCAUCACACGCACCCCUCUAUCUCUAAAUGCCUUUUUAUCUCUCUUACAUUCUCAUUUAAAUCUCUCCUCUUCUUUCUCGCCAGAUAGAUCGUUUCGUCUAUCUAUCUAUCUAUCUAUCUAUCUAUCUAUCUAUCUAUCUAUCUAUCUAUCUCAUUCAGUUAGUUUCUAUCUAUCUAUCUAUCUAUCUAUCUAUCUAUCUAUCUAUCUAUCUAUCUCAUUUAUUAAUAUCUAUCUAUCUAUCUAUCUAUCUAUCUAUCUAUCUAUCUAUCUCAUUCAGUUACUAUCUCAUUCAGUUACUAUCUAUCUAUCUAUCUAUCAUUUUCAGUCAGUUUAUUUGUAUCAUUUUCAGUCAGUUCAUAUCUAUCUAUCUAUCUAUCUAUCUAUCUAUCUAUCUAUCUAUCUAUCUAUCCAAGUUUGUUCAUAUAUUUGUCUUUUCUCAACAAAAAAAAAAAAAAAAAAUGAACAUCUUAAAUUUCCUUCUCAAAUGUUCUAA